GUGAUUGGAGAUGCGUGGCCCCAGGCGGUGCCUACGAAAGCAUGUUCAGUGAGGACUACAAGUUGGAAUGGGGAUCUCGGUGCGGUUUCGCAAAGGUAGCCAAAGAGGCGGGGGUUCCCGUCAUUCCGAUGUUCACAACGAAUCUCCAACAUUCGAUGCCCCUCUUCGGAUUCAACAAGUCAGCAACCAUGAAGAAGUGGUAUGCUUCAACAAGAUUUCCGCUUAGCAUACCCAAGGCUUACUUCCCCGUGAAGAUGCGCACCUAUCUUGGCGAGCCGCUCUACUGUGACACCGAUGAGGAGCCAGAAGUGUUCGCGUUAAGGUGCAAGAAGGCGAUCGAGAACCUGCGAGAUAAGUAUCAGCCGCCACAGCAGAGCUAUUGGAAUGCCUUACGGGAAAGACUGUGGUAGCUUCUUAGAGUUGGACCGGGAAGAGUUGAUAUGAUUGUUCU